AUGCGAUGCGCGAACAAGGCCGCCGAGAGCGCGUCCGCACGUCUCUGCGCUGGUCAUGAAGACACUCGUGUCUUCACAGAGUACGAGCUCGGUGUCUCCUACUCUCCUGAUACGGAUGACGGAUCCGUAUCGACGGCGAUCGAAACCAAGCCGCCUGCCAAGCGUGGCAUGGAUGAUGCUACGCGUCGUAGCAUCUUUGGUUCAUCUGAUGAAUCAGAUGAACCAUCGCCGAAGCGAAGGCGCUCGAGGUCGCGAGACUCGGGCGCUAACAGCGGUGUCGGUUCUCCUAUGGACACCACUUCGCAACGAGGUGCCAUUACCUCUGUCGGCACGUCGCAGGAAGAGCGGGACCGCAAUGUGUUGCGUCUCGCUCCAGAAAAGAAGGCAUGGAUGCCUCAAAAGUCAGUCAUGGAUCACUUGUCGGCGAUGAUGAGUGAUCGUUAUCGAACACGAUUGUUCGAUUCGUCAAGGAUCCAUCACCUUGACCCCAGUGCGAAAAACUAUCGCGCUGAACAUGAAUUCUUCAUCGAUGCUUUCUUCAGACAUCGAUGGUACAGUGGGAAUCACAAACGUGAUGGUCCCUCACUGCUUCAAGCGUGGAACGCUUACAUCUAUAACUUUGAGGAUGUAGGUCGUGACGUUUGGAACGACAAACUUAUCAAAGCUCGUGAUAGGCUUGAAAAGCGAACCCUGACAAGUGCAUGCUACAACUGCAUCGUCUGUCUAAGGAGGGUUUACCUCCUUACUAGCCCGUGGUGGCGUGUAUGUAUCUCUAGUGAGAUGUACGAAGGGAUUGACAACCUGAAAUCCCUUUACGACCGUUCCGGGAAGACUUUCUACGGCGAUCCUUCUGCGGCACAGGAUGUGCCGCGUCGUACUGCUCAACCAGACCCAGAACGUCAACCAUCAGUUGGGAUCGAGGCUCCCAAGUAUCCCAGGACGGAGCAUAACCGCGCCACCGGACGAGAUAACUCGUCCGACGUCCGUUCACGUCGCGGUGGUUCAACAGCUGCUCAACUAGAUAGCGCUGGCCACCGUGAGAGUCCUCUAAUGGAGGUGGAGGAGGAGGAAAGACGCUCUCCACACGAUCGUGGGGGAGCGUGUGUCCCCGAGAGCCUCUUUGAUCGCGUAACGCAAGGGUUACGCGGCGAUCUCGAACAUGAGCGGGACAGGCGUCUCCAAAUGGCGGACACUGUCUUGAAGCAUCAAGCUGAGUUUGCCUUUGCUCAGCUUGAGAACGAGAGAGCUUUGACAUCUCUGCGUGACAAGCUAAGGGUAGACCGUGUGGAUAUCGACCGGUCUGGGGCUGAGACAAAUGUUUUUCAGACCCUUGUUGAUGUCCACCAUCGGGAGCACAAGACUCUCUGUGAGAUGCUUGAGCGCAAGGGUGUUCUUCAUCGGAAGAAACAGCGUACUGAUAGUACGGCUUAA